AUGGAAUCAUGGCGGGAACGAGGGUUUGUACCGGACUCCGAUUCAGAGGAGGAGUUUGAUAGCCAGGAAUCACAGAACGUGAUUCAGGAAACAGAAGGAGAUGCCGGAGUUCAAGACCCUCCGGCAUCGCAGGACGUUAGGGUCCCAAUAAACAAAGAACAACAACAGCAUACCUCCGAGAACAUCGAUUUCGAUGAAAGCCAGUCCGCACGAUCGAGCCCCGAUGCUUUGGAUACGACGAUACUGUCAGAAAACGAGGACGGAGAGCCUACGCCGAAGGCAAUACCACGGAGGACGGGGGAGAAGAAGGAUGGAUCACAGAAAGAGGAUCAAGUGAGGGGGGAGGACGGGGCUGUGGCAUCCCAAGAAUUACCGAUAGGCGCAGGAUCCAGUUCGCUGUCGACACCGAAACCCAAGAAAAAGAAGGAUAUACGGAAUAUUCCCAGUUCGUCGCCGGACGAGCUACAGACCGACUAUCAUCCCUUCCGAAAACAGGCCCCUCUGUCGCCGAUACGACCCAUUCAUAGUCAACCGGAACCAAGUGGUGAUGAUAACGAUGAUGAUAUGGCUUCCCCUCUGUCGUCUCCGCCAUCGUCGCUUCACUCCCUGCCGAUAAGUGAGGACAAUCAGUUUGACAAAGAUGGGACGCAGCUGGUGCCUGAGAGGAAUUUGAUGGACCUAUUUCCUCCACCUGAUUCAUCACUGCUUCGCUCUUCUCCGCCUGCAAAUGAUAGAAAUGAUGCCGAGGAUACAGAACAGCCACAAGAGAACAGCCUAGAGAAUUUGCUGCCUCCACUCGAAAUCCCAGAAGAUAUCAUGCAGGAAUUGGCCCAGCCAUCGAGGAGAUCGCUACGACAACGCAACCCUAUUCAGAUGCACCCUUACCUCCUGGAGGACGCGAAAUAUCAAAGCCUAAUGAAGGCAAGAGGUGUCAAACCGCUGCGCAUUGCUCAAUACCAGGAAGCGUUGCGCGCAGCCAAGGAGAGUCAAGGCCAGGAAUUCGUCGAUAAUGUGCCGCCUCCAUCAAGCAGCCCCGUGUUGGGAUUAUCAUCUCCGGCGGAAAAUAGUCGCUUGCCUGAAGUUAGUUCUCAGAACCGAAUUCACCAACUCUCUCCCACCCACGCACGGUCUGCGGAUGCUAUCAGAGCUCCCAAAAGACGGAGGAUAGCGAAACCCGCCGCUGACGGUCGCCCUCAAUCGCGGCAUUUGGCUCGCCCUCAGGUGCUCAUUGACAAUUCUUCGUCUCCUGUGCGUGCGAAUGGCAAUUCGAUGCACGAUGUCCCUCCUAGUCCACCACGCUCAGGAAGCCUUUCCCCUCUUCAAGCUCCACAGACAUUCAAUGGAUUCAGAUUCCCUCGGGGGUUCAGCCCACCGCCAUUGAACACACCUAGUACAACUUCGAAAUUGGCGGAGAAGGACCGGGGUGAUGAUGUGAAUGAUUUGGAGUUGUCCGACGGCGGCUUUGACCUAGGACCUGGGGAUACCGAGUCUGUUGCGCCCCAAGCCGAACGUAUCGAAUCGGGAGAAGACGAGCAGGAUGCGGAGGAAGGUGAAGGUGAAGAUGGAAAUCAAGCUGAACACCAGGAUGAGAGCGCCGUGAGGAGGUUUCAGCGCCGAAUAAAAGGCGUGCUUCCUGCCUCAUGGCUACGAUUGGACCAGCAAAAACAGCAAGAUACCCGCCUUAACUACACGCAGCGAGCGAACGAGAGAAUGGCUAGGAUGGAGAACACAAAGGGGGUUGCCAAAAAAGUCACUAAGAAUACAUAUGGGACACGUCUUAGCCCGAGAAGGCGACUUGAAUCACUGCAGGAUAUUGUUGACGGGGAAGAUAGCGAAGAAGAUGGAGUUGAGCGCAAUGUCGAUCCCCGUCAAGCUCUGGCUGAUUUGGUAGGCUUUGAUGACCCAUUCAAUGAUCCAGAUCCAGAUCCUGCAGAUGAUAUCCUUGAAGACAACCGCAUUGAUUACAUGUUUCCAGCGACCAAACGCGCUUCUUCGACUCGAACUGGAAAACAGGAGAAGAAACAGUCGAGACCAGAGGGGAGCGGCAGUCGGUUUAGUGAUCACUCUAAGAGACCUCGUCUCAAAAGACAAACGAGGCUUACGGACCCUGUGCAUCAACCGAGAAGGGAGAAGAAAAGGUCUCCGCCUGCUCCUAGACUUGGCAUAUUAGAUGCUCCAGAUAUUACGGCUCAACCACGAAGUCAGCAACCGCAAUUUCUCCGAGUCGCUGCGCGACGAGUUCGUUCCCGACAAGACAGGGGAAGACGCAGUCCAACUCGGAAGGUUUUCCAGUUGAGUACAAGGGCAGACACGGAAGAUGCCAAUACGUCCUUAAGUCAAUGGCGUACAGGUCGCCUUCGGCAGACUAAGUUGCCGCGGCCUCAAACUAAACCCCAAGGACGACCGUCUUUGAAAGACCUUCCUACGAACAGAAGCAACCCCCAUCCAACCUAUAGGUCUCAAAACACAAGCAUACAGGAUAUAUCUGAUGUUCGAUCUGAAGUCCAGACCGAAGAAAAACAGGCCGCCGAACCUGCUCCAACGGCGGACGAGCCGCCUAAUCCAACUUCUGAGAAUACCAACCACCCUGCAAGCUCUAGACAGCGGGACCAAAGCAACAAAUGGUUUGUUCGUCGAAAUGUUACGGUGUCUUCCUUGAAGAGGAACGCCCCAAGGCCCGUGAUCCCAGAGGUGGCCAGCUCUGACAACACCGCCUUCCCAUCUCUUCAUCGGUCUCUUUCAUUGCUUAAUGGAAGAAAUCAUCAGAGACCACCUUCGAGUGCUUACCAACAGAAUCCAAUCAUGCGACGGUUUCUCAAAAAUAUGCCUACAACUGCUGAUGAACCGGGACCCGUCACCGUUCAGACAUUGAAUGCAUCGCGCGAUGAACCACUAGUAGAGAACGCUCGAGCACCGCGGCGGCAGAUUCGAAAACGCCCUCCCCAACGAUUGAACGUCACCUCAAGCGGGAACCAGGGGACGCUUGAAUUAGCCACGUCGGAUCCGGAGCCAUUAGAUGUCGAAAACAGUGAUAUUCAGUCACCCGCAAUGGCUUUGGGUGGUCUCACAGGGUUUCAGAGCUCAUAUAGCGUCAAUUUCAACGUCGCUCCUCUGCAUUCUGGUACAUUCUUUCGCGAGUCUACAUUUAUAGGCAGCGGUGAGCUUGCGCGUUCUCUUGACUUCGGCAAGCGGGACCUGGAUAGAGAUGCUGGAUUUUACUCCUUCAAGGUUGGAAAAUCCAGACUUCGCUGGGGUCCUUGGAAUGACAGUGUGUGGUCAGAGCUGGGGACUGUUUUUGACACUAUGCUCGAUAAUAUUGGAGAGAGCGAUGAAGCCGAGCCCCUUGAUGAGCAUACGUCUAGCAUUGGAAGAGAUGUUUAUAGGAAUUUGAUCAAGUACGUUACGGAGGUAAUUUCGUUCACUGAUCCCAUCGACAGAGUUGGGUUUGUGAACAGAGUCAUUUCCCUUGUCUCCACACUUAAUUACAGCAUGACAGCCCUGGCGUCGAAGUUACCUCAUGAUCUGGAAGCGGUCACAAAGCUCGCUUCAUAUAAUCUCGUGCUGAUUCACCAAGCGCACCAAGUUGCCCGCAAUAGCAAUGGCCUUGUCAACGCCGGUGUUGCGAGCGAAGUUUCGGGGCUUGUCAAACUGGUCUCUAAGCCUAUCGUCACAGUUGUUUCGAGCCCUGCGGGACAGGCCAACAUCUCUAAGUUCCUAGAGGAUCAGAAGUCUCGAGAAUUGCGCGAGUCGGGAGCAAGGGAUAGCUAUCCUGUUGUCGAGGCCUAUAUCAUCCUUCGCAAGAUAUUGGAAAGCACAGACAGCCCUAGCGGGGUGUUAGGUGAUCUUCUGACCGAGGAGUAUUCUGCAUUGAGCACCGUAAAGGAGGUAGAAUGCCUGGAAACUGGGUGGCGCCGGAUGUUCAACAGUCUCCCGUUGAACGAGAUUGAUAGCUUCGGAAUUGUCCGAGUUGGAUCUCGUUUCAGAGAGAAGCAUGACAACUGGUCGGUAAUCAAACAACUACUCAAGCCGGUGUUCCAGGCCAAGGAUCCUGACUUCCCAUCACCCAUCUCACACAAUAACUACUGUCGAAUUUUGUUCCAUCGAUGUCACCAUCUCAUCAACGGUUGGGGCUGGCGGGACUGCAAGCCAAUCCUCGACACCCUUUUUGACUUGUUCGCGAAGAAUACUCUUUACAACUUGAAACCCGAGGAAAAUUACACAUCUCCAGCCUUCCUCGACGAGCUUGACCGCAACCCAUCCUUGGAAGUCCAGACAAGCGACCCAUGCUUUCAUAUAUUCUUGAAAAGCAUCGGCAGCGGGUUACGAUUUUUGUCAAAAGUAUACGAAAAGAAAAAGGUCCGGAACAUCACCUGGCGCUUGUUGCCCAACCAUGGCCGAGAGUAUCCCAAAGAUCGACCUAUUCAUCAAACCGACUUGGACGCUCUGAGGAAUCACCAUGAUCUUCUUUGCACUUUGUAUUUUGCGGUUCCUGACGGAUGUCGUCCUCGGCUAGAAACAAUCAAAAAUCUCGUGGACCCAGCCCGCUCUCAUCAGGAGACAUGCAACAUCAGCCUUCGCUCCUGGUCCAGGCUUGCUCGAUUCAAGCUCUUAACGGAUGAAGAUGUGUCUGGGUUAGAACCGUUUGCAGACUGGCAUUGCUACUUUGUUUCGAAAUUGUUGGAACAGCACAACCUGGCCCGCGAGGAAGUGGAGGCUCAAAACACUGGUGAAAACAAGUUCUCUCACCAGCUAAUCGAGCGCACAAUUUCGCAGAAUCAACGGCAGAUUGAAUCACAAUUGAAAACGGCCCUGAACCUGUUACAGAAUGCCAUCCGAGUCGCCCCUUCAUUGGACCAUGCCGAGAAACUUGUCUCCAAGGAACCCAUCAAAGCGGUGUUAAGUCUGUUCAAUUCCAAGGUUGCUCGCGUGAAUACAACUGUCAUCGAGGCCCUCCAGGUGAUAGUGGUCUACCUUGAAAAAUGUCGCCCCCAGCCUGCUGUUGGAGCACCCCAUGUUCCAGCCCCAGUCGAUGAAGAUAGUCAAGAAUUUGGAGAUUGGGGGGUUUUCGACGCUCUAUACCAGGAGGAAUCGCCGCCAGCGGUGACCGUGCCUCAGGGCGUCGAAUACGUGAACAAAGUCUUUCAUCCGGCUGUCUCGCGCCUUGUGUCCAACUGUUUUGGCGAAGACAAUUGCCCAGAGGAUGCUAUACUCCUGAGCGUUGUGGACUGUUGGACCUCUUUGGCGGAGGUGCUCGUGAAGCACAAGUUGCAGCACUGGGAUAGUUAUUUCAGCCAUUACGGUGGUGAUUAUUCUUGGACGGCACUGCGGUCAACGAUGCAGACCAGGAAAUUCACACCGAAAUUCCUGGCAAACUGUAUCGAGAAAGACUCACAUGUUCUUUCUGAAUGCAAAUCCCAGGUGUUUAGCAUGUGGAUGUCUAGCUUGGUGGAAAGAGAAUCGAUUCUUAAAUUCCAGCAUUGUUUGACAGAGGCUUUGCUCAAUCAGGACUCGUCAAAUCCCAUUCUGCAGAACCUGCCUUUCUCAAGUGACAAAAUGGAUGGGCAGUACUACAUUACGUUGCAAGAGCUACGUCAGCGCAGGGUGUCUCUCAUCUCCAGUCUCCUGGCGAAUAUGCGCACGCAUGUACAAGGGCUGGAAGAUGCGGAAAGCCUUGAUCUCGCGAGUACCAAGCAAGAAUACAAGGAGCUUAUUCAGCAACUCAUGUCGUCCAUGAAGGCGAACUACCAGGAGUUAGGCAGCGGACAAGCCAGCGCACAGGGUGAAUAUGUGGGCUUUGUUCACCGUGUUGUUGGUUUCCUGCAACAACAUACGAGAGAUAUCUGCUUGGUUGACCCAUUCUUCACCGACCCAACAUCGUUCCCCUUGCCGUCGACCGAUCCGACGUACAUUGUGGCGAGACUGAAAGGCUAUGAGCCGAAGUUAUCAUCCAAGAAGGUUGCGAAGCUGUUGAUCACGUUCAUACAGGGCGUCUCCGAGCGAGCCGCCAUCGACGGACAGCAAGUCUAUCUCACCGGACAGCUGCAUGCAUCGAUGAUGGAUUCAUAUGAAUCUGGCGACCCGCACCGGCCUACCUUGCGAGCCAUCCUACUGCAGGCCGUGUUCCCGGCUUACCUCGAAACCGCGUUCAGCAACCCUGUCGCAUGGGUGCUGUGUCGACCGAUCAUCAACGUCAUCUCCCUGACCUUCAAAGACCUGCUCUUCAGCAUGGAUACCACAGAUCCCCGCUGCGUCGCAUCUCUCAUCGGCAUCUUCAACACUGUGUUCCAGUCCUCUCACUAUGCGAUGAAAUCUAUCAUCCGCAACGUCAAUAUGCUGAAAGACCCCUCGGUCGUAAUAACCAUCGCCUCUUUCCUCGAUAUGAUCACAUCCUCCCUCCGAGUCGUCGACUACAUCGACCGGACCAGCGAAGCAGCCGAUCCUCUCAUCUCACAGAUCCGCAUCUUCAGCCAAUUCACCCUCUUCGCCACGUCCUAUCUCCAAGACAAACCCCCAACCCACUUCCUCGAUGACCUAGCCGAGUCCUCAACCACCUUCAUAGAAAACCAUAUCCAGACCGCAGAAACCACUCCCCCCUUCUUCCAAGAAAUCCGCACCUCCGCAACCCGCGAGCUACGAACUUACCUCCACGAAAGCUGGUUCAACCACCAGGGUAAAUACUACUUCACUCGUCGAGGAAAUCAUCAACCCCAGGAAAUCUUCAUCGAGCCGGAAGUCGUCGCGGACUUGGAACAGGCGCCAUGCAAGAUGUUAGAUUCCGCGGCGCAUUUGUUUCUGGAGACAGCGAGGAGGUUGGAUUUCUUGGAGGGUUGGGAGAUGGGGAUGGGCUCUGUGGAGUUGGAGGGGGACUUGAAUGGCGGUGGACUUGAAGUUAUAGAUGUGGACGUGGAUGUCGAGAUGGAUCUAGGGAGUGGUGAACAGGAUGUUAUUGAGAUCCAGCCAGCUCGGGACCUAGAGCUGCCGCUGGAUUUGCUCAUUUUGUAA